AUGACCCAUUCAUCAACUCCACGUCUCCCCAAUGAUAUACUGUUUCCCAUAUUCAGCCAUUUUUGCCUUCACUGUCAAGAUGCAUACAAUGAAUCUUGGGACGAGAGACCACUUCAGCCGAUCGCAUCUCAGCGAAAGAAACAACAAGCUGAAGCUAAGGCGUGGUACUCAAUCGAUAGACAGGCCCUCUUCUCGCUGUCUUUAACCUGUAGACAGUUCAGAGACGUUGCGCAGUCUGUUCUGUAUCAUGAAUUCGUCUUGGGCUACGGUGAUUCAUGGAUCUCAGAGGUAUAUACGUGGGAAGAUCGCCUUGCGCCAUUUAUUCGUACUCUAGCUCGUCGACCUGAUCUUGCCCGCCUUGUCAAGAUUGUUUAUCUCAGUCACCGCAUCUUCGGUGCCUCUAAUGGCAGAGAGGAGUCUCAUCGAGAUAUUCUACUAGAGGCAGCCAACGCUCUCCGCAUAGAUCUUCGAGCGGCUUGGGUGGAACGUGUGCCCAUGAUAUCUCUGGGCGAAGCGCAUGACUGGCCAGAGGUCUAUCCCAUAUUUAUCAAAUCUUAUCUCGAUGAUGAUCGCAAACUGACAGAGAAGCAAGAACGGCAACUCCGGAGGACAAUGACUGAGAACUCGGUACCCGGCCGUCGCUGGAUGAACGCCGAGCUCAUAGCAAUGCUACUAGCACAUACGCCAAAUGUUCAACAUAUCAGUAUUCAAGGCAGCCGUGACUGGCCAACGUUCGGGCUUGCAGGGUCUUCACUCUCUGCGCUUGGUGUCACUCAUAUGCCUGUGAAGAGGCUAGACCUAGGUAUGACGGCUCGCCCACUGAUCAAGCUCUCUGGAAAUCUUGAGACCUUGAAUCUUCAUGAAACUAUGGUAAACUUGGAGAAUUCUAUGGUCGAAAUGCCCUGUUUGAAGACUUUGAGGAUCACAGGUAGCUUUCUAACAGCUGAGCGGCUGUUAAAACUAAUGGGAGCCUGCACCGGGGGCCUGGUUGCUUUUGAAUAUGAAGCCGCACAGGGACAGCGUUACAAUUCUGAUGAUACUCGCGGCACAAACUUUCAACUAUCAGAUGCGAUUGAGUCGCUCCGGCUUCAUAAGAGUACCCUUCAGAUACUCCACAUGGAUCUUACUGCUCGACGUGAAGAUAUCAGGAGGGUCAAGCCAGGAGUGAAUAUGAGGGACUUCACAGGACUUCAACAUCUCUGGAUCAACACUCUUCUACUAUUUCCCAUUAUUCUGCCCCCAACGCUGGGAACGCCGGCUGAUGCGGAGAUACUCGUGCAAUUCCUUCCUCGCUCCAUAGUUUCACUCGUAACCUAUCGCGAUGGUAGAUGUUUCGUGAGUGACGCUUUACAUGGGCUCGCGGCAGUAAAGAGCCAGAAGUUCCCCUUUCUGAAGUGGGUUGUCCUCGGACCAAGGGGCGGAGGAACCCUCGAUCAGGUAUUUAAAGCGGCAGGUGUUAAGUUCAGUAACAAGGUAUAUCGUUUGCGCCAAGUGAGACAGUAUAUUCAAGGGCCGAAUGCAGAUAGUCGCCUUGAGUUCCCGGCUUAUGACAGAGAAGAUGAUCUCUGGUAUGGGGGAGAAUAA